AUGUCUUACAAUGUUUACAAUACUAAUAUGGCCGAUUGCUUAAAUAAAUUAAGAGUAUAUGACCUUAAUCAAUUAUGUAGAAAAUUUUUAUUACCUCAGCAUGGAAAAAAAGUUGCUAUAGUUGAACGAAUUUUAGAGUAUAUAACAGAUGUUGAAAGAGAAGAACAAAUAUAUGAAUUUAUUUUAGAAACAAGGCCCUCUAUAUUUGAAUUAAUAAAUGGAAAAAGAACUAAUAAUAAUAAUAAAAUUAAUAAUAAUAAUAAUAUUGAUAAUAAUAUCAAUAAUAAUAAUAAUAAUAAUGAUAAUAAUAAUUUUAAUAAUAGUAAUAAUAAUAAUAAUAAUAGUAAUUAUUAUUCCUACUCAAACAAUGAAACUCUUUCAUUAAAAAAAAACACUUCAUCAAAUAUGAGAAAAGGAAAAGCAAAGAUAUAUCAAGAAGAUAAUGAUUUUUCUUCGUGUGUAUGUGGUGGAAUGAUAAGAAAUAUUAGUAACAAAAACUGUGUGGUAAAAUGUAUUGAAUGCAACAAAUUACAGCAUGUUAGUUGCUAUUUACAAAAUUCUUAUAUAAAUAAAGAUCUAGAAAAUUACAAAAUAUUAUGUGUGGUUUGCCGUUUAAGGGAUAUUGACCCUUUUUAUCCUUUGAAAAAAGUGUUAUGGAUGAAAAAUUUGAAUGUAAAUUCAGAAAAAUUAAUAGUUAAUGCAGGUGAUAUUAAGCAUUGGAAAAAUGAAAACAAAGAAGUUAUAAUAUUUUGUAUAAAUAUUGAUAAACAUAAUUUAAGUAACGUACCAUUAAAACAAGAGUGGCCUAAAACUUUUAUUUUAAAAGUUAAUGGUAAUAUAAUAGAAAAGAUUUAUGAGCCAUCAUGGGAACAUAAGAGAAGAGAUAAUCCUUUAAAAAUUACUCAUACGUUAAAAUCAGGAAAUAAUAAUAUAGAUAUAAAUAUUACUAAUUAUGAUAUACCUAAAUUAUAUGUAGUUGCAUUUUUAUUAUGCAAAAUUGAAACAGAAAAAAAUAUAAUUGAAAGUGUUAUAUUAAAAAGUUCUUUGAACUUUAAGGAUGCUAAACAAAGAAUAGUAAAUAUUUUAUCUACAAAGCAUGAUGAUGACGAAGUUAUGUGUAUGGAGAUUAAUAGAAAAGUUAGCUUAAAUUGUCCUUUUUCUUUAGAUAGAAUUUUAAUCCCUUGUCGGGGUAUUAAAUGUGGUCAUAUACAAUGUUUUGAUUUAAAAUCAUUCAUUGAUGUAACCAAAAAAACAAAAGCCUUUAAUAAUAGAUGGAAAUGUCCUAUUUGCUCUUUAUUUUUACGCCCUAAGGAUCUAGUUAUUGAUACAUUUAUUACAUAUGUUUUAUCUCAAGUUCCUAAAGAUAUUAAAGAAAUUGAAUUAAGCAAAAAUGGAGAAAUAAUUUUAAAUCAGGGAAAUUAUAUUGAAGAAAAAAAUAUUAAACAACUAGAUGAUGUUGAAUCAUUUAAUAUUAAUAAAAACAAUGUAGAAGUAAAAACAGAAUAUAAUAUAGAUAAUAUGUAUACUACUAAUGAAGUUAUUAUUUUAGAUUCUGACCAAGAGGAUAAUAAUAAUUACAAUGUAUAUGAAAAAUAUGCCACAGAAAAAAAUCAUAAUAUGAUACAAGGAGACCAAGAAGUUAUAUGCAUAUCAGAUAGUGAUGAAGAUGAUAACUGUGAAUGUGAUACUUAUAAUAAUGAUAAUAAAAUAAAUAAAAAGAACUCUUCAUUUUUAAUUGAAAUGAAGGAUUGUGAAAAUAAUAAAAAUGUAAAUGAAUUUAUAAUAAGAAAUAUGAAUGAUAUAGAUAAGAAGAAUACUAUUUCUAAUUCUCAAAUAUUUUUUAAUGAUAUGGUAUCAGACGUUUUAAAUGAUUUUAAUGAAAUUCAUAUAAAGACAAGCUCAUCUGUUAUUAAUAAUUAUCCAAACUUAAAAAAAAAAAGAAUGAUGGAAAUAAAUAAUAAUAAUAGUAAUAUUUCAAAUGAUUCUGUUAUUAGCUUCUAUGAUAAAAUGCAUAAUUUAUCUAAAGAUCUUCUAUAUUAUCUGAACUCGGACGCUGAUUCAUUGGAGGUUAAAUCAAUUAGUGAUUAUAUAGAGUAUUGUAAAGUAUUGGAUGAAAAUAAAAUCCUUUUAUUUGAUAAUGUUAAAAAAAAAAACUCUGGCAUAUAUAUCACUGAAGAGAACAGCAAUUCAGUUUCAAUUAAUAAAGGUGACGAUCAAUCAUUUCCACUUGAUUUUUUUAAAAAAAAUGAAAGAAAAAAUUCCAUAAUUGAAGAUACUAAAGAUUCAUAUAAUAAAGAAGAAAAUUUAAUUAACAAUAAAAAUAUUAUUAAUGAUAAAAAGAAUUUUUGUUUAAAAUUUGAAGAACAUUCCUUUUUAAAUGAAGAUAACAAAGACAAAUUAUCAAAUCCAGAAACAAUAAAUUAUAACAAUUGUGAAGUAAACAAUGAAAUAAAUAAUGAAAUUAAAGAUUUAUUUUAUGAUAAAAAUAGCUACAAAAAUAAUAAGAAAGCUACUAAUUCUUCAAAUAAAAAGAGGAAAUAUGAUUCUAUACAUAAUAAUUUUAACUACUCUAUGAUAAAAUACAAAAAUAAGCAUUCAGUCGAAAAUAGUAAAAAUAAAUAUGAAAAAAAUAGCAAUAUUAAAGGAAAAAUUCACAAUAAUAGUAAUAGUGAGAAAUGCCAUAAGAACAUUUAUGACAAAAAUAAUAAUAAAAAUAAUAUUAAUAAUAUUGGCAAUUAUUAUAUGAAUGAUAUAGAGGAUGAUAUUGGAAGAGAUGACAUCUAUUUUAAUAAUAAUAAUAAUACACAUAAUAUUAAAGAUAUUAAUAAUAAUAAUAAUGAUAAUAAAGAUCAUAUUAAUAAUGAUAUUAAUAAUAUUAACAAUAUUAAUAAUAAUAAUAACGGCCAUAAAGAUGAUGAUAAUGAUGAUGAUAAUAAUAAUAAUGAUAAUAAUAAUAAUAAUGAUAAUAGUAGUAGUAGUAAUAAUAAUAAAGAUCAUAUUAAUAAUGAUAAUAUUAACAAUAUUAAUAAUAAUAAUAACAGUUAUAAGGAUGAUGAUACUAACAAUGAUAAGGAUGAUAAUAAUGAUAUUAGUAAUAUUAACAAUAUUAAUAAUAAUAAUGACGAUGAUAAGGAUGAUGAUAAUAAUAAUAGUAAUAUUAAUAAUAAAGAUCAUAUUAAUAAUGAUAUUAAUAAUAAUAAUAACGGUAAUAAGGAUGAUGAUAAUAACAGUGAUAAAGAUGAUAAUAACAAUGAUAACAAUAAUGAUAAUAAUAAUAAUAAUGAUAAUAAUAAUAAUAAUGAUAAUAAUAAUAAUAAUGAUAAUAGUAAUAAUGAUAAUAAUGAUAACAAUAAUAAUGAUAAUAGUAAUAAUGAUAAUAAUGGUAACAAUAAUAAUGAUAAUAGUAAUAAUGAUAAUAAUGGUAACAAUAAUAAUGAUAAUAAUGAUAAUAAUAAUAAUAAUGAUAAUAGUAAUAAUAAUAAUAAUGAUGAUAAUAGUAAUAAUGAUAAUAAUGAUAAUAAUGAUAACAAUAAUAACAAUAAUAAUAAUGAUAAUAAUGAUAACAAUAAUAAUAAUAGUAAUAAUAAUAAUGAAAAUUUCACUAAAGAACCAACAAAACAAAUACAUAAAUCACUGAGUGUAUACAAAAAAAAAAAUAAUCAGUUAAAUAUAACACAAAAAGACAUUUAUGUAAAUUUAAAUCAAAUAAACUUUGGGGAUUAUAUACAAGAAAAAAAAAAUAAAGAUAUAGAGGAAAAAGUUGAGCAAGCAGAGAAUGAAUAUAAUGAACAAAUAAAAGGAAUUAAUGAAAAUGCUCAAAAUAAAAAUAAUGAACAAACGGAGAAUGAAAUAAGUAAAAUAAUAAAUAAAAGAAUAAAGGAAAAAAUUAAAGAAGAAAAUAAAUAUAACUCAACAAAAAUUUUUAAAAAUCACAAGAAUUUGCCAAUUGGCAUAUUAGAAAAUAUAAAAAAUGUACAUAACAAAGUAGAAUUACGAAGUAAUGCAAACAAUUCAAUUAGUUCAAAAAAUUGCGAUAUAAAUGAUAAAUUUUAUUAUGAUUUAUUUAAUUUAAAAAAAAAAGUGAAAUCUUAUGAUUCUCAAUUAAGUAAUUUAAAGUUAAAUGAGUUAGAAUUAAAUAAAAAAAAUUCCUAUUUUUUAUCUUGCAACGAUCUAUUUCAUAAUAGCAAAAUGAAUAAGGAAUAUAAAAAUAACAUAUUUAAACCAAAAGAUAUUAUAAAUGAUAAUCAGAAAAAUUUAAAUAAAAUUGAUGAUUUUAUAAAUAGUGUAAAGGGAUUGUAUAAUUUUAAUAAUCAUAAUAUAUUUUCUAAUCAAAAUUAUAAUUUUCUUCCUUCAUCUGUUUAUAUGAGUGUGAAUACUAACAUUUUAAAUGGAUGUAAUAAGGAAAAUGCAAUUACUGCCAACAAAAAUAAUGAGAGCACUAAUUCUAAUAUAUACACAAAUAAUGCUUAUAAAAAUGAGAAUUCUAAUAGUAUGAAAGAAGAAAAACAAGAGUUUAUGCACAAUGCUAACCUACGAAAUGGUGAACCCUUAUUAUUAGAGAAAGAUGAAAACUAUAAUAAUUUUUUAAUAGAAAAAAAAAAUGUGAUUAAUAGAAGUAUGUAUCAAAAUGAUGAAAUGUUGUUAAGUGAUAUCAACAACACUAAUGAUAAUUUGUGUGAGCAAAGAAACAUUUCUGAUUUAUAUGAUUUUAAUAUGUUAGGAAAUUAUUAUUCUAAUACUUCAACAGACACAAGUUUUUUUGAUUGCAAAAGUUCAUAUUCAGAAAAUAAUAAUGUUUUAGUUAACAGUUCAUUAAAAAAAUCAAGUGUAUUUAAUAAGAACGUGGAUAAUUUUAAAAAUAAUUCAAAUUUAGUUAAUUGUGAUUACAUAAAUCAAAAUUCACAAUUCAUUAAAUUUAAGAAUAUUGAAAAUAUAUUACCAGAAGAGUUAUUUAACGAUAAAUUUUUUACUGACUCCGUCAUUAAAUUUUCUGUUAAUGAGAAGGUUUGA